UAAUGGCCGUACCCCACAGCUAGCUGGUGUAUUUGAGGGAGCAUCCAUUCACUGUGUUCAUCACGAUAAUACAGUCACGACGAAAUAAAUGUGACGGUCGUUUAUUGCAUUUGUAGCGCAUUUGUGUCAGAUCUACGUCGGCUAGUUAAAGACGGAUUAUUUACUGAUACCAAAGAUUGGUUACGGAAAACAUAUGAAGCAUGUGAAUAAAAAUAAGCAUGGAUCAACACUAGAAUACACGAUUACAAGCCCAGACGCCGAGCAGGAUUAAGGAAAUGGAUCUGGAAGGGCACCCUGGGUCUGAGUCAGAACCAGACAGCCUUCUUGGUCCCACUGCCCCAGAAUCGGAACCAAAUGUGAUUGUGAAGGAAGAAGAGGAAGAUGGAGACUUGGCAGUUCCAGAACACCUCUCAGGUCCUACCAUGGCAGACGUAUCUGAAUUUAAUAUGAUUAUUAAAGAGGAGGAGGAAGAUGAAGAUGAGGAGGAGGAGGAUGAUGAUAUGGCUGACCUAGGAGAAAGAAUAAAGUCUGACCCAGACUACCUUCCAGACGUGACCGAAAAGACUGGUCAGCUACACCACCAGAAGAGGAAAAAGACAGUGAAGAAGCUUCAUCCAUGCCCUGAAUGUGGGAAGACAUUCGACAGGCCAUCACACUUAGAGAGACAUGAGAAGACCCACACCAGAGUCAAGAAGCUGGCUCCGGACUACCCGUGUUCUUUUUGUGGGAAGAUAUUUGCCAAACCGUCUAAGCUGGCUCGGCACGAGCGAGGCCAUACCGGAGAGAAACCAUACUCCUGUUCCAAGUGUGGGAAGAGCUUCGCUGAGCCGGGCCACCGGAACAGUCACGAGCGGACGCAUGAGGAAGAGGGCCCCGAAGAGAGACCGUACAUUUGUGCAGACUGUGGAAUAGGCUUCUUUAACCAGUCUAAACUGCAACGACACCAACGUACCCACACAGGAGAGAAACCAUACCACUGCACUGAUUGUGGGAAGACCUUUGCCCGAUCUGGAGGCCUAAAGACCCACCGUCUAAGCCACACGGGGGAGAGACCAUACCUUUGCUCCGACUGUGGCAAAAGUUUCUUCAGUUCGGGGGACCUGAAAGUUCACCAUUUGACUCAUACCGGAGAAAAACCACACUGCUGUUCCGUGUGCGGGAAGGGUUUCGCGCAGAGGGGUAAUAUGAGGGCCCAUGAACGCUCUCACUCUGGGGAAAGACCUUACAUCUGUGCCGACUGUGGGGCCAGUUUUGCUCAUUCUAACUAUUUAAAGAUACAUCAACGCAUUCAUACGGGAGAGAGACCUUUCCCAUGUCAUGUGUGUGGCAAGAGGUUUAUUCUUUCCGGACACCUCGGAAGACACCAGAAAACACACAUACCAAAACAGGAUGCUUAGGGUGACAGACACACACACAGAAACAUGAUAUAAGGCAGACCUGAUAAAAACCUAAGGAAAAGAUAAAUGGCCUAAGCAAACUGUGUUUUGGUACAGUGUUUCGUGUGAGGUUCCUUCUUGCCACCCUACUCCUGUCCAGUGUCCUAAAUGCCCCCCUGUUCAUCAGACUGGCUGGGAUUUUAAUGACCUAUCAGUCAAUAUAUAGAAUGUCAUUAUGGGUUUUACACAGUGUAUGUGUGUUUCUGCCUGUAACCGUGGGGCUGUUUUUAAUACUGUUUAAAUCACUUUGACAGCUCUGGUUAUUUUCAUGUAUUUACCUGUAAACCACUGUUUCUGUUUCUACCCUUAAAAUCAUGUAAAUACAACACUUCAGAACACAACAAAUGUCUUAUUACUUGUACAGGAAGUGUAACUUUUUAUGGGACCAUGUUACUGAUUGACGUAACAACACUAGUAAAAUGACAAAUUACUUUACGCGAAUAAAAUGUUCCUAGGUG